AUGCAUGCCUUAAUGAAAAGUCUGCUUGCUGGUCUAUUGCUAUUAGUCUCUUGCAAUGCAUUUGUGGUAUACCAGCGUCAAGAAGGCUCCGUUUGUGCCCGUGGACUGAGUGAUCCAUUCCAUGAGUCCCUAUUCUACUGCCCUGCAGCAUCAUGGCCGCGUACCAAGAUAGGGUCCCCCAACGAACCCCAAGAACCCUCAAAGGAUCUUCAGAAAAUCCUAUCCCAGAUUUCACCAAAAAGAAUUGAGGCUACGAUACGGAAACUGGUCUCGUUCGGCACUCGUCACACGCUUUCCACUCAAACUAACGCAACAUACGGCAUUGGAGCUGCAAGGAACUGGAUUGCGUCUGAAUUCCAGCGGUACGCGAAUGCCAGUGAUGGCCGGUUGACCGUUGAGGUGAUUGGAUACGAUCAGCAGCCAGACGGGAAACGGAUCCUGUUCCCAGUUCGCAUUAGCGAUGUGGUUGCAACACUCAAGGGAGAUCAAGAACCUGAAAGAGUCUACGUGGUUUCUGGUCACUACGAUUCCAUCCCUAGUAGCCCAAUUGACUAUAAGACUGAUGCCCCUGGAGCAAACGAUGACGCGUCUGGGGUUGCUGUCUCUCUUGAACUCGCUCGUGUCAUGUCACAGCGUAACGUCCCACGCCCAAGGGCAACUAUCGUUUUCGCAGCUGUGGCAGGAGAAGAACAGGGCCUUUACGGAUCUAAUUUCCUUGCCCAAACGUACCGCAAUAGUUCCACCAACGUAGAAGGAAUGUUUACCAACGACAUCGUUGGCUCAUCCACGGCCGACGACGGUACGAAGGAUCCACAUGUCAUCCGCCUCUUUGCUCAGGGAAUACCAGCGCUCAAUGUCGAAGAUGAAAAGAUGCGUGAGAGACGCAUCAUGAUAGGGGGAGACAAUGAUACCCCAGCACGUCAAUUGGCGCGCUUUGUCAAGGAAACAGCGGAAAACAGAUAUACCGACAUGCAAGUGUCAGUCAUCUAUAGGUUGGAUAGAUAUCUACGUGGUGGUGACCAUCGCCCGUUUCUCGAGGCUGGAUACCCGGCGGCACGAUUCACUGAGCCAAAUGAGAACUUCGCACACCAGCAUCAGAACGUUCGCAUCGAUAAGGACCCCAAAACGGGCAAAGAUAUACAAUACGGGGACUUGCCUGAAUUCUGCGACUUUGACUUCAUCUCACGAGUUGGAAAAGUUAACGCUGCCGCCCUUUGGAGUCUGGCGAUUUCUCCUGGCAUGCCUCGCAAUGUCCGUGUCAUCACGAGUGGGCUGACCAACGAUAGCAAAUUUACCUGGGAACCUCCAGCCGGUGGGAACGCAGGUAUUGGCGGUUACGAGAUCGUCUGGCGUAGCACAAUUGCACCCUUCUGGACUCACAAAAUGGAUGUAGGGAUGGUUCAGGAAGCAACAAUAGACCUCAGCAAGGAUAAUGUUAUUUUUGGGAUUCGGGCCCGCGGUAAAAAUGGCGAGAGGGGUGUUGCGGUUCUCCCCUUUCCUUGA